AUGGAGACUGCUGUGGCUAACGUCAAUGAAACCGUCACAGAAGGAUAUCAGACUCUCCGGGAUUUGCACCGGGAGCUCCUCAGUGGUGAUAAGUCUUCGACUGCUAUUUCAGGCGAUGAGGUACCGCCCCAGAUCAGGAGAGCAAGAGAGGCAAGUGGCGAGCCCGGAAAGUCCAGCAAGUUGUCUAAGUCGCCAGAGUGGGCCGAGACGUUCGAUCCGUCGGCAAUGGCCGCUAUGAUGCAGGAUCCCGACAUGCAUCAGUUGAUGGCUUCGGUCUUUCGAGGUAUGGAGAACGCUCAUAAGUUCGGGGCUGGCUGUAGUAGCGAUACGUCGCUAAGGCCAUUCUGUGAAGUCAGCUUACUCAAGCACAUGUUCGACCCGCAGACAUUGCAGGUGUCGCAGAGUAUGUCUAGAUUGGAGGAGUGCAUAGAGUUGCUUGUGGGGAAGCACAACCCUGUCGUGGGCGACACAUAUAGGGAUAUCCUUGCUAGGUAG